GCAUAAUCGCACCUUCUCAACCACACAUCAUCAACUGACAACCGGCUUCACUUAGCUUGGACAUCUGGCUACUGCUCAAUAUUGACAUAAUUGUUCGAAGGAGCGGAACAUCGAAAUCAUCCGUACCUUAUGCGCAUUGCGCGCGCAUAUCUUCAUUCAGGCUAGAGCUCCCACCUACACAUUGCCAUCAUGUCAUGGGGAUUCCAGAAUGUGGGUCCUCAGGUGAGCGCCGUGGCUGAGGCCCAGGAAAUCUACCAAGACUCUGUCGGUUUUAUGGACGCCGGCAAAGAAACAAAAGUACGCCUGUCACAAGCAUGGCCAGCAGACAGACAACCUCCAGCCUGGUCUUCGCUCUUGUCCAUUGCCUCUGGCAAAGGACUCCUCGCUGCCGCUACCUCCGAAUCCGUCAUACUCGUGUCAACCGAAACAGUGCAAAAGGCAUACUGGGAAGUCGACACCAGCGCCAGCAAGAUCAAGGACAUCACCCCGCAGCUCUCCCUACCAGUCCCACAAGUCUCGCACGUCGCCUUCUCUGCCGAUGAGAGUUCACUGGCUAUUGCUGCUCAGGAAGGAGGUGGUCUCGCCGUAUACGAUGUUCAGGCACUGCUUCAGGGAAACAAAGAGUCGGCCUUUCAAAUCUCUACAAAUGGAAUCUCAGUUCGCGCGCUUGAGCCCAACCCAAGUCCCGAGAACGCUCAUCUUUUCGCUGUUGUCCUCACCGAUGGCAAACUGAUGAUUGCCGACUUCAAGCAACGUCAGCUGGUAAACACAUCCAAUGGUGCCGUGUUUCGCGAGGGCGUUAGAUGCGUUUCCUGGAGUGUCAGAGGCAAGCAACUUGUUGUCGGUCUAGAAGAUGGAAGCGCCGAGCAAUACGACCCUCAAGGAAAUGUCAAGGCUCAGAUCCCGAGACCGCCCCAGCUUGAACAACCAACUCCCAUGUCGAGCAUUGUCUGGAUCGCGAACGACGAUUUCCUGGUCAUACAUACCCCCAACUCCGAAGAUGAGGCAGCCUCGUCAACUUACCACAUGCUACACAGAGAGAAGUCGUCUGGCUCUUUCACCUCGCAACUAAUUGUUGGAGACCCAUGCAUACCUGGCUUUGACACCAAGCGAUUUCCUGCACACUUCCUCAUUUCCAGACUGAGAAAGUUCCCUCCCCACUUGGAGGACGUACUGAUUCUGUCCUCCUCUGCCGGCACUGAAGCCGGUAUCAUCACCAAUUCUUCAGCUCCUUUGGCAAAGGAUGCAGUCUACAACGUUUACACCGUCACAAACAUGGAUGCGGAUGCUUCUCGUGCCACUCUACCUAUGAGCGUCAUGGAUGGCAUGUCUGAGACGGCGCCUGUCGGAAUGGCCCUCGACCUCUCUUCGACAGAUCCAGUCCUGGAGCCUAUUGCUUCUGACAAGGAGGUUAGAGAGUCUCCAGGUCCUGUACCGGCGCUCAUGAUCCUGAAUAACGAGGGCGUCCUUUCAGCCUGGUGGUUCAUAUACAACGACUCUAUCCGUCAAGGAACUUCCUACCCUGGCCUCACAUCCAUUGCCUCUGCGCAAAACGCAACACCGAGCACCACACAACCUGCAACUUCGAUUCCGACUUCGAGCGCCCCAGCUGCUACAGGUUUCGCAGCCUUUGGUAAGUCUUCUUUUGGUCAACCAGCUCAACCAUCUUUCGGACAGGCGUCCACUCCUGCCUUUGGAAAGCCGUCUACCCCCGCCUUUGGCCAGGCGUCCACUCCUGCGUUUGGAAAGUCAUCCACACCCGCCUUCGGACAAGCGUCGACACCUGCGUUUGGAAAGCCAUCCACACCCGCCUUCGGACAAGCAUCCACGCCAGCAUUUGGACAAGCUUCCAAGCCAGCAUUUGGACAAGCCUCCACGCCAGCAUUCGGCAAGUCGGCCUUUGGCUCUCCCAGUCUCCCCGGCGCUGGGGCUGCCAGUGCCCUCGGAAGCAAAUCACCAUGGGGCCAACCAGCAAGUCAGGCUUCCAUCGCCACUCCGCCAAAGGGUCAAAUCUUUGGAGCGGGCUUGACCAGUGCCAGCGGGAACACAGCCUUCGGGUCGCCUAGUGGACUGGGAAACAAGACACCAGCUUGGGCAUCCCCCUCAGCGACUUCUCAGCCUGCUUUCGGCAAGUCUUCAGGACUCGGUGAGACUGGGUCUGGAUCGUCUAAGUUUACUGCAACAGCCAAGGAUGAAAACAAGGCUCCUGCUUCUCCAUUUUCUGCACUUGUCGGCAAAAAGGACGAAGGCAAAGCCGCCCCUUCUCCCUUUGCUGCUUUUGGCAACAACCAGAACAAAUCACCCUCUCCUUUUGCUGGGAACAGUACCUCGUUUCCUGCUAGCAACAAGCCUUCACCCCUGUCGUCCAGUUUCGGCAAGCCUAGUGCAUCCGCUGCAUCUCCUGCACAACCUGCAGAAGAGCCAAAGGAGGAGGCUAUGGAGGACGAGACUGACGAGAAACCAACAGAGGGACCUGCCAAACAGGAGCCCGCCAAAGAGGAGCCUGCAAAGAAAGAGUCCUCACCAACAAUUGAAGCACCCAAGCCACAAACAUCUGUUUUCGGACAGACAUCUGCAAAGCCACAGUCCUCUGUUUUGGGCCAAACACCUGACAAGCCAAAGCCUUCAUCACUCUUUGGACAGACAUCUGACAAACCUCAGACCUCAGGCUUGUUCGGAAAAUCCACCGACAGCUCUAAAUCUCCUGCAUCAGUCUUCGGACAGCCCUCGAAGCAGACAGGAUUCCAGUUUGGUAAGCCCUCUGGAAAAUCUACUUCUCCUCUUAGGGACUCUUCAUCUGAUAAGCCGUCAAAAUUACCUACAAUGGGCGGCUUCAAGCUUGGCUCCACCUUCCAAGCAGAUGGAAGUGCAAAAGACGACUCACUGGUAGCUAAAUCCACCCCUCAGAAAGACGAUGCCUCUCCGUUUGGAUCCAAGUUCCAAAGCAUGUUUGCCGAUGUAGCCAAAACCACCAAGGCGGGCAUCAAAAAGGAGGCCGGAACAGAAUCGCCGAAGUUGGAGGACCUUUCCUCUGAAGAGGAGGAAGAGUCUGACUCGGAGCCCGAGGAAGCUCCCUUACCCCCCGACUUCACAUCUUCAAAGCCUCAACAGUCGACCGAAGAGGAUGUACCGCCAAUCGCAGGGAGUCCUCCGGUUGACCUUGGCGACGAGGCUGCGCAAUUGCCAGCAAGUGACGACGAGGAAGAGGAGGAUGGUUCCUGGGUGCAAGACUCUGGCGAAGAAUCUGGAGGCGAAGAGGAAGAAGGCGGAUCAGGAGAAGAAGAGUACGAUGAGGACGACGAAGACGAGGACGAUGAAGAGAGCGAAGACGAAGACGAAGGAGAAGCGGUCGAUGUGGAGAAAGCCUCGAAGACCCCCUUUGGCUCUCGCCUCAGCUUCCCUUCCCUUUCCCACUCAACUGGCGACGCAGGCAAAUUGCUGCGACCAAAAUCGCCAAUUCCCUCUACUACUCCCGCAGGCUUGCCAAAGGGUCCCUUCUUCGCGCCUCCCUCGAAGACACAGGAGUCGCCUCGCUCGCCAUCUCCCAUCAGACCUUCGUCCCACACCCCAGCCGGUCUUCCAGCAUCAAAACAACACUCAAAACCUAUCACUGUUCCCUCGAUGAAGGGACACUCGCGCUCACACUCUCGACCUUCAUCUACACAGCGAUCCGAGUCGCCCCAAGUCCCUGAUGCUGGAGAGCUCAGCGACGAGGAAGAUGUACGCGUCCGUGAGCUACUCGCUUCGGAAGUCGAACCCUCGAUGGAUCUGGAGCCCUUUGUCGCCCAUCAAGAUUAUGUCGGUCGCGUCAACAAGCUUGGCAUCGCAGGUCAGAUCGAGAAAGUCUACCGCGAUAUCAACAGCAUGAUUGACACUCUUGGUCUGAAUGCACGCACGCUCGAGUCUUUCGUCAAGGGCCACAAAACUCAAUACAAACAAGCUGGUCGCGAACGCAGUGAUCUUGAACAGGCGGAAGAGUGGUGCCUUGUUGAGAUCAACGAGCUCGGUGUAGUUCAAAAAGAAAUUGGGGACGAUCUCGAGGCUGGAAAGGUGGACAGUGUUCCACAGAAGCUUGAGGAACUGGCCGAGUUGCAAAAAGAUGCUACAAGGCUGCGUACAAGAACAGUGGAGAUGAGAAAGCAGAUUGGUGCUCGUGCUGAUCCUCAACAACGUGCGACUCAUCGUGCCUCGCCACUCAACAACGAAGCCCAGAUGCAGCAAAACGAGCUCAGAGAAGGUGUGGCCAAGGUGCAGAAGCUGCUACAAGACGCCGAAGAGGCUUUGAGUGUUCUUCGUGCGGAUCUCGCUGCUGCCCCUUCGCAAGGAUCCGCUGCUCAGCGUGUACCUACUGUCGAGGCCGUAACUAACACGAUCAUGAAGAUGACUGCCAUGAUUGAGCAAAAGUCAGGCGAUGUUGAUGUGCUGGAGGCACAGAUCCGUCGCUUGCCUGGCGGAAUUGCCAAUCUCAACAUCUCCGACAGUAACGAGGAUCUCCUCCGUAGCAGCGUGCGCAGUGUUCGUCCUUUGGAGCGUUCAACUAGUGGUAACCUGUUCGGUACGCCACCUGCAACUCGAGGCAAGAACGCUGUUUCCAACGGUGCCACUCCCCUCGGUAUCUCGGGCAUGCUCGGUAGAUUCGGCGGCUCACUACGCAGAGACAAUGGCGACGCCGAGUUUGGACGCAGCAGUUUGAUGCUGGAUGGUACACCUCGCAGAAAGAUGGCGGAUAUCAGCCUUGAGGAGGUCAGAAGAUAUCAAGACAGGGCUGCUCAGCGCAAGAGAGUGCUUGCGGCUUUGAAACAGACUGUCGAGAAGAAGGGUACUAGAGUCACUGGUGUCGAGAGAAAGUGAAGCUGAGGAGGUAAGAGGCAAGAUACAAAUCAGGCAUUGAUUGGGGUCAUCGUUUGGUUGAGCACAUUGAGACAUAGCAAAUGGCGUUAGUUAUUCUUCGCACACGAAGAGCUGUGCAUAAAUCCCUAUGAAAAUGAUCACGAACAAGAAAAGUAGUAGCAAAUCAUAGAAUUGAUAUCACAAC